AGGCUGCCUCUCUGGGAAACCGGCCCCAGACGCACCGCUGGUGUUUCUGGUGAGCCGUUCGUGCUCCCCUGCAGCGGAUCGGUCUACUCAAGGCCAAGGGGAGGGCAUUUCCGCCACUGAUAGAGCGAAGUCAUUCUGACCGCGAGGGUCACAUCGAGAGAGGAGAUGCCUGCUCCCACUCCAGAGCCCAAGCCUGGAGACCUGAUUGAGAUUUUCCGCCCUUUCUACAGACACUGGGCCAUCUAUGUUGGCAACGGAUAUGUGGUCCACCUGGCUCCCCCAAAUUCUGGUGAAGUCGCGGGAGCUGGUAUGGGCAGCAUCAUGUCCACCCUGACUGACAAGGCUGUCGUGAGGAAGGAGCUGCUGUAUGAUGUGGCCGGGAGUGACAAGUACCAGGUCAACAACAAACAUGAUAACAAGUACUCACCACUGCCUCCCAGCAAAAUUGUCCAGCGGGCAGAGGAACUGGUGGGGCAGGAGGUGCUCUACAAGCUGACCAGCGAGAACUGCGAGCACUUUGUGAAUGAGUUGCGCUACGGAGUUGCCCGCAGUGACCAGGUCAGAGAUGUCGUCAUGGCAGCAGGCAUCGCAGGAGUGGGCUUGGCAGCCAUGGGUCUCAUUGGAGUCAUGUUCUCAAGAAACAAGAAACAAAAGCAAUAAGCUGAAAGGACUGUUCUGUCAGGAAUGACUAUACAUUAAGAAGCAGUCUUGUUUUGCUAGAGUUUGGGAUUUGGUUUAUGGAUUUCAUCCUGUUUGAUAAUAAGGUUUAUUUUCAUGA